AUGGUCGCCUCUGAGCUGUCGCAGGCGGCGCGGGCCGAGCAACCCCAGUCGCAGCUCGCAGCAGAGCUGAAGGACGAUGCGCCGCAGACCGUCCCGCUGGUGAACCGCGUCGGCCAGAGCAAGAGCCCCUACGUCCGCAGCCAUGCCGAGGGCAAGGUUGCGUGGCAGCUGCUCGACGACGAGACGAUUGACCGGGCGAAGAAGGAGAACAAGUUGAUCUUUCUCCACAUCGGCUUCAAGGCCUGCCACUAUUCGCGACUCACAUCUACCGAAUGUUUUACCCACUCAGAAUGCGCCAAGAUCCUGAACGAGUCCUUCAUCCCCGUCAUCAUCGACCGCGAGGAACGACCCGAGCUCGAUACUAUAUACAUGAACUACGUCCAGGCCGUUAGCGGGAACGGUGGCUGGCCGCUGAACCUCUUCCUCACCCCCGAGCUUGAGCCAGUUUUCGGCGGCACCUACUACCCCGCACCGGAGCCGAACAACGGCAGCUCCGGCGACGACGAGCGUCUGGAUUUCCUGGCUAUUCUGAAAAAGCUGCAAAAGGUCUGGAAGGAGCAGGAGGCAAGGUGCAGGCAGGAGUCGAAGGAGGUUGUGGUGAAGCUGCACGACUUCGCCGCCGAGGGAACUCUCGGGGCCACCAGUACCGUUGAGCCUGGCGUCGCAGGCUCGCAAAGUGCUACACUCGCGAGAUCUGAGACUGGCCUGGAGCACCCUGGAACGGGCAGAACCGCUGCGGUGGUAUCGAGCGAGCUUGACCUUGAACAUUUGGAAGAGGCCUACACGCAUAUUGCCGGCACUUUCGACCCUGUGUACGGCGGUUUCGGCGUUGCGCCCAAGUUCCCCACCCCGCCGAAGCUGUCCUUCUUGCUUCGUCUGCCGAGGUACCUUGCCCCUGUACAGGAUGUGGUUGGCGAGACCGAGUGCGCGCACGCAGCUGAGAUGGCUCUCUUCACGCUGCGUAAGAUUCGCGACAGCGGUCUGCGCGACCACGUCGGAGGCCACGGCUUUGCGCGGUACUCCGUUACGGCUGACUGGAGUGUGCCGCGCUUCGAGAAGCUGGUCGUACACAACGCUCUGCUGCUUGGCCUGUACCUAGAUGCUUGGCUGAUUGCUACUGGCGGCGAAAAGAACGGAGAGUUCUACGAUGUUGUGGUAGAGCUGGUGGACUACCUAACUACCGCCCCAAUCAGCUUGCCCGACGGUGGCUUUGUCUCGAGUGAGGCAGCAGACUCGUACCGUCGCGGAGACAGACACCUGAGGGAGGGGGCAUACAGCUUGUGGACAAGAAGGGAGUUCGAUUCGGUCAUCGGCGACGACCACGAGGCCGCGCUUGCCGCUUCGUACUGGAACGUCCUCGAGGACGGCAACAUCGAGCCCGACCAGGACCCGAACGACGAAUUCGUAAACGAGAACAUCUUGCGCGUCGUUAAGGAUAAGGCCGAGAUCGGACGACAGGCUGGCAUCACCAUUGACGACGUCGAGAGAGUGUUGGCUUCCGCCAAGCAGAAGCUCAAGGCCCACAGAGAAAAGGAGCGCACGAGACCUGAAGCCGAUACUAAGAUUGUUGCAGGACGUAAUGGCCUUGUGAUUGGUGCUCUGGCGAGAACAGGAUCGGCUCUGGCACCUAUUGAUGCCGACAGAAGCAAUGCAUGCUUCGAGGCUGCGAGCAAGGCUGCGGCAUUCAUCAGAGCUCAACUGUGGGACGAGAACGAGAGGAUUCUUUACAGGAUAUACAAUGAGCGCCGGGGUGACACAAAGGGUCUGGCUGAUGACUACGCACACCUCAUCGAGGGUCUGAUCGACCUUUACGAGGCUACUGGAGAGGAGAAAUGGGCUGAGUUUGCGGAUGAGCUGCAGAAGGUCCAAAUCGAUAUGUUCUACGACAGCACUUCAGUACCAGCUACGACCCCAACUUCCCCCACCGCCCGCUCCUCAUGCGGCGCUUUCUACACAACCCCCGAAAACGCCCCGCACACGAUACUCCGCCUGAAGGACGGCAUGGACACGGCGCUCCCUUCGACCAACGCCGUCUCUGUCUCCAACCUCUUCCGCCUCGGCAUCAUGCUCAGCGACGAAGCCUACACCGUCCUCGCCCGCGAGUCCAUUAACGCCUUCGAGGCCGAGAUCCUGCAGUACCCCUGGUUAUUCCCAGGCCUGCUCUCCGGCGUCGUCACGGCUCGCCUCGGCGGCGCGACAUGGGUCAUCAUCCGCAAGGAUGGCGUCAACGACGACGAGAUCGCGACGAAGCUGCUGCGAAAGCUUCACUCCGAGGCCAGGGGCGGGUUGAGGAACAUCAUUGUGUUGAAGAGUGAGGACGACGCGUUGGCGAAGAGGAGCCCUGCGCUCAAGGAGCUUGUGGCGACGCAGAAGCCUGGGGCGUACAGGCUUGAGAACGGUGUUUACCGUCCUGUUAACAGGGCUGAUGUAGCGUGA